AUGGAUGAGAAACAGCAGUCCAAAUAUGCUAUCCAUGCCGCAGCCCGGGAGGGGAAGUUGGCUGUCGUGGAGUCGCUGUUAUCUGCCAACCCAAAGCUUGCCCAGCUUAAGGAUGAUGACGGCAGGCUUCCCAUCCACUGGGCUAUCUCCUUCAACAGACCCGAGGUCGUGAGCUUGCUCAUUAACCAGAAGGGCUUUGAUCCUGAUGCUGAAGAUGAUAGUGGCUGGACGCCCUUGAUGAUUGCAUCAAGCAUUAAAGACUCCGACAAAAUCAUCGACAUCCUUCUCUCUCGCGGCGCGGAUGUCAAUCAGACAAAUAAUAACGGCCAAACGGCUCUCCACUUCAUCGCCUCCAAGAACAACCUCGACCUUGCUCGUCGAUUGCUUGAAGAGCAUACCCCACCAGCCUCGGCGCGCGUAAAGGAUAAGCGCGGCCAGUAUCCGCUGCACCGGGCUGCCGCAAUUGGCUCGGUGCCAAUGAUCAACUUGCUCAUUAAGCAUCGCAGCCCCGUCAACGCAACUGACUGCGCGGGGCAGACCCCGCUUCAUCAUGCUGUAGCUGAGGGGCAUGGUGAUGCGGCCAUUGCCUUGUUAAAAGCCGGUGCAGAGAUAGGGAAGAAGGACAUCGAUGGCUAUACUCCUUUGGAGCUUGCGCCCGGCAAGGAUGUGGUCAAGUACAUCGAGAGAAAAGCCGAGGAGGAGGGGAUCGAGCUUUAG